GAAUUCCCAAAUUCCAGAUGGCGUAAUCCAACAAGUUUCUGGGUGGAAUUUCUUUACGUUAUCACAGAAAUAUUGGUCAGCGGCAUAUCUCUUGGGAUUCUUCUAUCGAAUCAUUUUGAGAGAGGAACGCCCAUUUGCCAGACGUACACCAGUGUUAGUAAGGGAAGUGGAUAAGUCGUAUCAGGUCAGGGGUAUCUGUAAAAAGAUAAAACAGUUGAUAGGGGAAAGGACGACGUGACUGGCAUCAGUUUUUAUUGUAUUGUUUCACCUGGAGUCCACCUGAUUUGAAGCCGAUUGACUACAGGCUAGCUGAAAAGCCUUGAGCUUUUUACCCCAGUGACCAUUUUUGUACAAGAUUUUAAUCUAAGGACUACAUCUUGAGGGGAGAUCGCCGAAGGCCGACGAUUUUUGAGCCUCUACCCUUUGAGUCUGGGGGUAUUUUUACAGAAGAAACAUUCCUAGAUCUUAACCAGUUUUUUCCCGAAAUUCAACGCUUCUUGACGGUGUCGAAACGACUUCAAACGAAAGGUGUGGUCGUUACAGUGCAGAAUGAAGCAAACCAUUCCAAUCAUCGAUUUAGCUGACAUAGGGCUCGAAAAUGCCUUGGAGGCCAAAGAAGAAACGAUGACUCGUGUAUCUAAAGAGCUAGACGACGCGUUUGCCAACGUCGGAUUCGUAUACCUUAAAAAUCACGGAAUUGACCAGCACACUAUGGAGCAAUAUUUUGAGAUUGCCCGCCGUUUUUUUCACGCACCGAAAUCCGUCAAGUGCCAACAUAUAAUCGGCCAUAAAUAUUUGGAUAUGAAUCAAAGAACCAACGGUUACCUUGGCUCCGGCCACGAGAUAUUGGAAAGCAAGAACUUGCAUGAAGUACGCGAAGCCUACGACAUCACUUCCUUGGACAGCUUCUUUCCAGACGAACAUCUUCCGGAAUUCCGACAAGCAAUAAGCGAAUUAGUACCGGAACUGUGCAAGCUGUCCCAUCGCUUGCUCCGAUGUCUCGCCAAAGCGUUAGGUUUAGAGGACGAAUAUUUUAUUCGGUGUCAUACUAUGAUGUGCCAAGGCAGUGACAAGAAUGCCACGACAUUUCGAACACUUUAUUAUCCGUCCCUAGCUGACAGUGCUGUCAAAGCAGGUGUAGAACGAUGUGGAAGACAUUCUGACUAUGGCACCUUUACUUUACUAUUCCAGGACGAUAUCGGAGGAUUGGAAGUUUUUUCUGGGGGUGAAUGGGUAGCCGCCACACCAAUUCCAGGGACGGUUUUGGUCAACGUGGGAGAUCUGUUGCAGUUUUGGACAGCUGAUCGUUAUCUUGCAACGAUUCAUCGUGUGCGAGUUCCAGAAGAAGAAAUUCGUCGUCGGUUGGCGCGGCAAUCGGUAGCAUUUUUCGUUCAUCCGGAUAAUGAUGUUAUGGUGUCUCCAUUGAAUGGAUCCAAGAAUCAUUUGCCAAUUUCGGCUUUAGCCCAUCUUAAUCUUCGAUAUUCACAGACGUACAAAUACUAGAGGUAUA